AUGUCGUCACCGAGCGCUGGGAAACGACGCAUGGACACCGAUGUCAUCAAACUUAUUGAAAGCAAACAUGAAGUUACUAUACUGGGUGGACUCAACGAGUUCUGCGUGAAAUUCUUCGGCCCUCCAGGCACUCCAUAUGAGGGCGGUGUGUGGCGAGUCCGCGUGCACCUGCCAGACCACUACCCCUUCAAGUCUCCCUCCAUCGGCUUCAUGAACAAGGUCUACCAUCCCAACAUCGACGAGGUUUCCGGCACCGUGUGUCUUGACGUCAUCAACCAGGCCUGGACUGCGCUUUAUGACCUGUCGAACAUAUUCGAGUCGUUCCUGCCGCAGCUGCUGACGUACCCCAACCCCAUCGACCCCCUGAACGGCGACGCCGCCGCCAUGUAUCUGCACAAACCUGAGGAGUACAAGAAGAAAGUUUCAGAUUAUGUCCGAAGAUUCGCGACCGAGGAGGCCCUUUUAGAAAAGGACGCGAUCACUGGCAUGGGGGGCGCAACCCCCGCCUCGUCGGGCUCCAAGCCGUCCAACGGCAAUGCCAACAACAAUAGCGAUACAGAGAGCUCCAUGAGCGAGUUCAGCGACGAUGAAGCGCAAGACAUGGAGUUAUAA